UAUAUAAUUUUUUUAAGAGAAAGUGAAAAAAGGUGAGGGACACAAACUCACGGGGCUGAAACUUGAUUUGUCGUUUAUAGAAUAUAUCACUUUUUAGAGUUUUGGUUUUUCCAUGCUAUACAUAGUGAGUGUAUUAUCACGAGCCUAGCUCCAAUUCCGAAUCACCGACUUCUCUGUCUCAUCACUCUCAAACUCAUUACAAUCCAAAAAGCUUAGCUCCCCCCACUUAUCUUCAUAUCAAAUUAUUUUAUUUAAAAAAACUCAAAAGGAUAAGGCAAAACCAGCUCAACCGUUGUUGCCGUUACUUACAUCCUAAAACUAUUAUUAUUAUCACUUCUUUCUGUUCUUACCAAAAAAAACAACAAGAAGAAGAAGAGGAUGCAGAACUCCAAGUUGUGGCCGCAGAAAGAUUUCGUCGGCGAGUUUAAUGACGCUGAACACUUUGACAAGUCUCUGAAGGAAUUGAGAGAUUUACGUUCUCAACUACACCAUGCGGCAGACUACUGUGAAUCCUCGUUCUUGAAUACCAAAGAGAAAAGAAUAGUUUUGGAGAACACAAAGGAAUACGUAUGCAGGGCUGUGGUUACGUUAGUUGAUCAUUUUGGAUGUGUCUCUGAAAAUAUAAAUGGCCUCAUUUCCAAAACCAAUGAAUUCUCAGAAGCUGAGAUUCGAAUCAACUCUCUCAAGCAGAGAUUUCUACUUUCUCAACAAUUUGUUCACAGCCUCGCUCUCUCCACUCUUCAAUUGCGAGAAAUUAUACCAAGACAUCAAUUGCGUUACUUAUCUUCACCAAAUGAAGAAGCUGUGAAAUCAGAUGAAGAUUUAAGAAAUUCAGUCUCCACAAAUGUCACUGAAAAAAGAAUGGUUGAAAGAGAGAAAAACACUCCCAUUUUCGCAUUUACACAUUCUCGAAAACCAUCUCUCUCUAACGGGAAAACCAACUCAGCUUUAUUGUUUCCUGUUCGUGAUGGCUUCUCCAUUCUUUCUAAAGUUCCAAAUCCUGCUUUUCAUUUCCAGGAGACAAGGAAGAAUUCGCGCAUUAUCAAAAGAUCUCUACAUGGAAGUGACAUCUGGUCACUCAUUCGCCGGGCCAAAAGAACUGCAUGAAAAUUUUAAGGAAUCAAAUCUACUUGUAUAGGUAGUUUCUGGUUGUGGUUUUCUAGCGGUUGAGAAUGAUUAUGCAUUUGUGGUUUGUGUGUAAAUAACCUUUAAGAUGGUAGGAAGUGUGUUUUGUAAAUUAUGAUUUGGAAAGAAACAUUUGCUGUAAUUCAGAUCCACAUUAUGGGAAUUGGAUUGCCAACUGAA